AUGGCUGCUGUUGUUGGGAAGCUCGCGCCAAGUUUCACGUGCAAGGCUCUUGUCGACGGUGAACUCAAGGAUGUUUCUUUGUCGGACUACCGAGGGAAAUAUGUGAUUCUCUUCUUCUAUCCGAUGGAUUUCACCUUCGUCUGUCCCACUGAGAUAAUCGCUUUUAACGACCGUGCUGAUGAGUUUCAUCAGCGUGGGUGCCAGCUCCUUGCCUGUUCAACGGAUUCCGGCUACUGUCACUUGGCGUGGAACAACGUGAGCCGAAAGGAGGGUGGUGUUCAAGGUAUGAGGAUUCCGAUGCUUGCCGAUACCAACCACAAAAUCUCACGCGACUACGGCGUACUGAUCGAGGAUCAAGGCAUUGCCCUCCGCGGCCUUUUUAUCAUCGAUGACAAGGGAGUUCUGCGUCAAAUCACCAUCAAUGAUUUGCCCGUCGGCCGCUCUGUGGAUGAGGCUCUGCGCCUCUUGGACGCCUUUCAGUUCACGGACAAGCAUGGUGAGGUUUGCCCAGCAAAUUGGCAACCUGGAUCAAAAACCUUCAAACCGAGUGCGGGUGAUUUGAAGUCGUUCAUGAGCUCGUGA